UUUUUUGUUAUUGUUUACAUAACCUUAAAACUUAAAAGAAGAAAGUUUCUGAGUUUGUGUCCAAGAAUGGCAUCAAAUCUAGUAAAAGAAUCAUAUAGUGUCAAUAAACAACAAUACGUUAGUUAUCACAUACAAAUUGCAUCAGCCUUUCAAACAGAUUGCGAGCGGUUACUUGUUACUUUCGAAUCGGAAGUUGAUCUUUCCUUCAAGAUGUUUGCCUCGGUGUGGAGAGAAAUGCAUUUCUCGUCCAUCUUCAACGACAUAGAAUUGGUGGAGGAACUAAGAUUCUUUAUCGAAUCGUGCUUCACCACAAUCCAAAAGUAUCUGGUCUUUUGCGAGAGGAUCGGCGUGAAAGUUGGCGCGUUUUACAUGCUGUACUGUUUGUACUGGAGGCAGCCGUCGAAGAAUAAGAUUAGGAUCCGAUGUACUGCCGAAGUGUUUAGGCAUAUUUCGAACCUCGUGGAUCGAAUGCAGGAGGAGGGCGCCUACGACGUACCGUACCUCUUCCAGCAGCUCAAAUUCAACGACGCCUUCAAAUUGGUAAUUUUUCCCAACGUUUACGCUCUCGAGGGAAGGUUCAUGUGGCAAGAGAAGGAGUUGCAGAACGACAUAUUUAAAGAAAUCAAACGGGGCGAUCCGCUACUUCAGACCGAAACGGUCUUACAUUCCCAGGAAUUUUACGGUUUAAAUAACAUUUGCACCGUGGCCAGUGAUUACGUCGAGGGGUUGAGGAAGUACGGGAUUUCAGAGAAAGUAUGCGAGGCGGUCACCAAUUUACCUGGAGAACUUGAAGCUAUACUUAAUCAAAUGGAGAGCUGUGUGGAGGGAAGCGAAUCGAAUGUAACGGAAAGCAAGGCUAAGCAAUUGAAAGGAAAGGCUUUCACCUCUAAAGUGUCUUGUUUUAAAAGUUAAUCUAAAUUUCUUAGAAAAUAAAUGUUUCAUAGCACCAA